GGAGGUGUUUGACAGUUUCCUGUAGUUGCAUGCUGAUGUGCGUCUCUUAACCUUCCUCUCAGAGAGUGUUUCCGUCAGUCAACAGCCGCCCGAGACGAAACAGGAUGCAGGCGAUCAAAUGUGUGGUCGUGGGAGAUGGAGCUGUGGGUAAAACCUGCCUGCUCAUCAGCUACACCACCAACGCCUUCCCCGGCGAGUACAUUCCCACUGUCUUCGACAACUACUCGGCGAACGUGAUGGUGGACAGCAAACCGGUCAACCUGGGUCUCUGGGAUACAGCAGGUCAGGAGGACUACGAUAGGCUCCGCCCACUGUCCUACCCGCAGACGGACGUCUUCCUGAUCUGUUUCUCUCUGGUGAGUCCGGCAUCAUAUGAGAACGUCAGAGCGAAGUGGUACCCAGAGGUCCGCCACCACUGCCCCUCCACCCCCAUCAUCCUGGUGGGCACCAAGCUGGAUCUGAGGGACGAGAAGGACACUAUCGAGAAGCUGAAGGAGCGAAAGCUGGCCCCCAUCACUUACCCACAAGGCCUAGCUCUGGCCAAGGAGAUCGAUGCGAUAAAGUACCUGGAGUGUUCGGCUCUGACCCAGCGGGGCCUGAAGACCGUGUUCGACGAGGCCAUCCGGGCGGUGCUGUGCCCCAAACCCAUCAAGGUCAAGAAGAAGCCAUGCUCCCUCCUGUAAAAGGCUCCUCCCUGCUGAUGGAGUCAACCUGACAGGAGGGUUUCAUUCAGUCUUUCCUCAGCAGGCCGCAUCAGUCCGGAAGUACAAAAGCGUUUUGAUUAAGCACCGUGUCGCUCCAGCAGGCGUUCCUGCACAGAUCCAAGCAUUUCAACCAACAAUCCACGCGGACGACUGAGGGGUCGCUCAGCAGCCAGUUGCAAUCACCUGAGAUCAGAGGAGCCUGUGGUAUGACUUUGAUGAGGCUGCCAUGUUGUGUGUUCCCUGUGAGGAGAAUAGAUUUGUCCAUUUCUUGAAGAAGCCUUUCUUCUUAAAUGAGGUUAAUAAUAAUCAUAUUUUUCAAUGAAUAAAUAAAACAAUGUUGAGAAAAGAAAAAAGAAAAAAAAUUAUGAUCAUCUCGAGAUUAUUUUGUAAAAUAUUAUUAAUGAAAUAUAUUUAUCAUAACAGAACUAUUAUUAUUAUUAUUACAAUUGUUACAAUUUAAAUUCUGAUUUUUUUUUAAAAUAUUUCUCAACACUAAAAAAGUGAAUCCAAAUUCAAUUUAGAAACUAUAAAUACAAACUGUCCUUUCAGAAAAUACACUUUUUUGAAAUGAUUUUAGAAUCAAUACCGAUCAAUAUAUAGAUUUUUAUUUUCAUUUGUUAAAAAAAACAAACCCUCUCUCUCUCUCUCUCUCUCGUGAAUGCAACUCACUUCUGAUCUUGACGAUAAAUGACUGAAGUUUGUUUCUCACCGUCUGGUAUUUUGUGUAUAAACGCAAGCAUAAAAUGACAUUUUGUGUGUGUUUUUUUUAAAGAUGUAAGAACAACAAAAUAAAGGAAUUUAACUGGU